AAAGUUCGAACUAUUAUUAUUACGAGUAUGCGGCAGAUGCAGUAUAAGCUCGCAGACGACCCACAUAUAUUUUUUUCUGACUGUCAAACUCGCGGUUUAAAACAAUGCUAUUUCCUUAGUUAAUGUUAUGAUUAUUAUGACGUUGAUGGCUCGGAAUUGUGAUACCCUACGACGAUGAGAGCAACGGGUUUCUGCAAGCAUCGGAAAUUCCAAUUGGCAAAAUGAUUUCAUACCGGCUUUUUUAGUGUUUCCGUGAGCGAUUCAACGAGAACAAAAAUAUAUAAGUUUUUUGCACCUUUUGCGGAUUUAUUGGGUGUAUAUUCUCACCGGGAUGAAAGGACGAUUACUUUAUUCUGACUGAUCUUUUCGAACAAGUUUGAUCAAUUUUACGACUAGGAGUUUAAAGAACUGAUUUGGCAUUAUGUUUAUUACAGUGAAAUACGGAGAAAAGGAGGAAGCUCUCUUCAACCCUAAUUGUAAAACAAUGCUACUGCUAGAAGACAUCAAGAGAAGAUGCAAGUGUAGUAUGGGAGUUGAAGUAGAUCUGUCGGAUCAGGAAGGGAAUAUCAAACAUCUCAGCGAAUCACCUCAGAGGUACGCCAACGAGGUCCUCAAAGAAAGGGAAUCAUUCGUUCUCAUCAAAGUCGAAAAAAACGACGUAUCAUCCAAACCUCAUUACAUUCCUUUACUGAACGACAACGAGGCCAUCGAUGCUGCCUUUUUAGCUCGGCUUUCAACGAAAGAGAACCUCAGCCUGUCCAGUGGAAAGACAACCGGCAAGAAGAAGAGUAACAGGAAUGCCGAUAGAGGGCGCGAUUCACAACGCGGUCGAACGGGUGCCAAGUCAACGACACCAACGGGUCGACGAAAACAGAGCCAAGAUAGAAAAUAACAUCAUCUAAAUGAACACUUAUCAGCAGUUAAUGAAAAUUUAGCUUCAUUAAAGUAAUAUGUGCGUCUGCUGUCAUGGAAAAUGGAAUUUGUUGACGAGACUUUGAGAGAAGGAUUUGACAUUCCUGUAAUGGAUACAUCGUCCGCCUCUGAAAGGGAGGUCGUGGGUUCGAUACUCGGCCGAGUCGUACUUAUAAAUGGGACCUUCUGCCUUCCUGCUAGGCACUCAGCAUUUAGCUUGGAGAAGGGCAAUAAUAAUAUAUCAUGUUAUUCAAGGCCCACUGGUAGAACAUUUUUUUUUUUACUUAAGUGGCUACCAUUUCCCGGUAGAUAAACUAUUUUAUUAUUUUUAUCACUAUUGAUAUUAUUAUCAUAAUGAUAAUUAUUAUUGAUGAUAAUUAUUAUUAUCAUUAUCAACAUUAUCAUUAUUUUUAUUAUUACUAUUAUCUUUUUUGAAAAGUACCCAUAUACCAUCGGGAAAUCCUUGCAGAGGAAAUAGUUUUAGUAUUAUAGUAAUACCUCGCCUGAGUGACGUAAAUGCUUUAUUUUAUCGUUGACCAACCUCGCGGUCAUUAUCAUGAUUUAUGAUAGCCGGUGUAUUUUCCCGAGAUAUUCCUCUCAAUCAAACGGGAAAUGGUAGAAGGAGGGGCAUGGCCGUACGCAUGACUUUUUUGUUGGGGAUGGGGCAGCAUGCGUAAACUUUUUCGAAAAAAAAGUCAAAAGCCGCUUUUGCAUUCUGUAAAGUGAAAUUAAAGGACUCCGUGCAUACGUUUUGUGAAUUUUGUGAACAUUUUCAGUAAUUCCUCCCCCCCCCCCAAGAUUUAAGAGUGACUAAAAGUCGGACUUAAAUUCCCAGUUGUGUGUCGUAAUAUAUAAACGCACUAAAUCGCAUUGAUCGAAAUCAUGCUCAGAUGAGGACAGCUUUUGCAUUUUCUAAUCAAGGAGAACGUGCUUUAAGUCAGGGGCAGUGUAACAUAUUUGGAGGAGGGGGGGGGGGGGGGCGAUGGGGGGCUGACCAUGCCAAAAAUCACAAUCAGAUGGUAAUUUAUGAAGCCCCACCUCCGGUACCGCGGCCCCUUUAAAGGUCAAGUCCACCCCAGGAAAAUGUUGACUUGAAUAAAUAGAGAAAAAUCAAACUAGCAUAGUGCUAAAAAUUUCAUCAAAAUCGGAUGUAAAAUAAGAAAGUUAUGACAUUUUAAAGUUUCGCUUAUUUUUCACAAAACAGUGAUAUGCAUGAGUCAGUCAAUGAUGUCCAUCACUCACUAUUUCUUUUGUUUUUUAUUGUUUGAAUUAAACAAUAUUUUAUUUUUUAUAGAUUUGACAAUAAGGACCAACUUGACUGAACCAUUUAGUAUUAAACAAUGCUAAUUCCACAUGUUCAGGGAGGAAUCACUUGACAAUGAGGAGAAAAUUAGAAUAUUUCAUAUUUCAUAUAAUAAAAUACAAAAGAAAUAGUGAGUGAGUGAUGUCAUCAGUUCCCUCAUUUGUAUACCCACCAGGAUGUGCAUAUACUGUUUUGUGAAAUUAAGCGAAACUUUAAAAUGUCAUAACUUCCUUAUUUUACAUCCGAUUUUGAUGAAAUUUCCAGUGCUAUGCUUGUUGGAUUUUUCUCUUUUUAUUCAAAUCAACUUAUUGUUGGGGUGGACUUGUCCUUUAAGUAUCAUGUGCGUUUCGGAACCUAUAGGUUGACUUUAUAUCACUCUUAACCCUUUGUGAUUUACCACCGAUUUAGGUCUAAUAUGUGAUGAUCUCAUUUGUUUUCAAUGCUGUAGUAUAAGCCAAGUAAAUGAAAAAAAAUCACCGUCUAGGUGAAGGUGAUAGUUUUAAAAUAAUGCUUCGAACAAUCAAAAUAUUUGUAAAUAAAGAUUUAUAUUAAUGAUUUUUUACGAUAUUAUAGAAUAAUAAAUGAACUUUAACAACGAUAGAUGAACAACU